GCCGCCACGCUGGCGCAUCUCCUGCCCGCCCCGGCGAUGUACAGCCUGCUGGAGAACGAACUGAAGCCGCCCCAGGGUAACCCCGGCGGGGGCGCCGCUGGCAACGGGGGUCCCGGGAGCGCCGGCAAAGGAGGAGCAGGAGCGGGAGGAGGCGGCGGCGGCGGCGGGACCAACGCGGCUGUCCCAGACCAGGACCGGGUCAAACGUCCCAUGAACGCCUUCAUGGUGUGGUCGCGGGGGCAGCGCCGCAAGAUGGCCCAGGAGAACCCCAAAAUGCACAAUUCGGAGAUCUCCAAGCGCCUGGGCGCCGACUGGAAGCUGCUGAGCGACGCCGAGAAACGGCCCUUCAUCGACGAGGCCAAACGCUUGCGCGCCGUCCACAUGAAGGAAUAUCCGGAUUAUAAGUAUCGGCCCCGUCGUAAGACCAAGACGCUGCUGAAGAAGGACAAGUACGCGCUGCCGGGCAACUUGUUGGCCCCGAGCGGGGGUCCCGGCGGAGGCGGCGGCGGCGGGGCAGGCGGCGGGGUGAGUAGCCCGGUGGGCGUCGGGCAGCGCCUGGACUCGUACGCGCACGUCAAUGGCUGGCCCAACGGUGCCUACGCGGCGGCUUCGCUGAUGCCCGAGCAGCUGGGCUACGGGCAGCACCCGGCCAUGGGCAACGCGCAGCUCCAGUCGCUCCACCGUUACGACGUCAGCGGCCUCCAGUACAGCCCCAUCAUGUCGGGCGGCCAGUCCUACAUGACGGCGGCCGCUUCCACCUACAGCAUGGCCGCCGCCGCCGCCGCUUAUGGCCAGCAGCCGUCGAGCCACGCCAUGAGCCUGGGGACUAUGGCCUCGGUGGUUAAAGCCGAGCCCAGCUCGCCGCCGCCGGCCAUCGCUUCGCACUCCCAGCGGGCCUGCCUGGGGGACCUCCGCGAUAUGAUCAGCAUGUACCUGCCUCCCGGCGGGGACGCCGCCGACCCGUCGAGCCUGCAAAGCGGGCGCCUCCACGGCGUCCACCAGCACUAUCACAACGCCGCCGGGGCGGCCGUCAACGGCACCGUCCCACUGACUCAUAUCUGA